UGACAGCCGUACAACAGCGUAAGUGUUCCAUUAAUGGGAGAAACCAGAAACAGUCCAAUUUCCCAAUUUCCUUGACAAAUCGCAAAUGGGAUUUUUUGGGAAACCAUAGUGCUUAAUUACAGGCAGCGCUUUAAAGCGGGGUUCUCAUUUCUUUCUUUUUCUUCUUUGCUUGGCUAUCAUGAUGCUAAUGAACGAUUGCCUCCUCGUUUCAACUGAAGUCUCGCCUACUCCUGUGCUAUUGUCAUCGCCCUUUGCCACCGCCAGCAGCUUCUUGGCCCAAAACCAAACCCUUCAAUUGCUACCUGUCAGCGAGUCACAAACCAUCCAUUCAGGACGACGACGAAGCAACGCUUCCUCAUCGUCUGAACCUGCCGAACGCAAAAAACCCUUCAAACGCACUUCACCGUACGCUCGGUCCUCCAAAGAAGAACGACGUGAAGUCCGAGAAUUAUCACCUCGCGGCAGGAACAAGAAAGCUCCCCAUGAACUAUUAACCGAAGCUGAAAAGAAAGCCAACCACAUUGCUUCAGAGCAGAAGCGCCGGCAAAACAUUCGAGUGGGGUUUGAUCAAUUAGUGGACAUUGUACCGACUUUAAGUCAGAACCAUCGAAGUGAAGCCAUGAUCCUUCAGAAAUCGGUAGAAUAUAUUCGGCAGCUGGUCAAUAUCAAGAAUGACCUGAAAACAAGAGCGAGGGAUUUGCACUCUGCUUUAGGAGAACCACCCGUGGAUGAGGAUGACUCCUCUGAAGGAGAAAUGGAUUAUAAUUUUUAACGACAUCACGCCCAAGCAAAAAUGUAUAGAUGAUUUGCAGGAAAGCCAACAAUGUGAAAGCUGGGCUCCCCCUUCUUGGCUCUUUUUUUUUUUUCUGGGUAGACAAGGCUGUCGUUUUCUAAUACGAAAUGCUACUUUUUGGGUUACAGCUGAACUUGACGUCAACCGACC